GGCAGGUCGCGGGCCUGACGGCGAGGCGCGCUGCGUCCGUAGAGUUCCUGCUCGGCGGCGGGGGCGGUGCCCAGGGCGGUGCGGGAGCCGAGUGCCGCCCCCAGGACUGUCGCUCGGGCUGCCCCCCGGGUUGCUCGCCGGGCUGCCCGCCGGGCUGCCCGCCGGACUGCGGGGCCGCCUGCCCACCCGGGUGCACGGGCUGCCCUCCCGGGUGCCCGCCCGGGUGCCCGGACGCGGUCGGCGCGGGCUUCCCCGUGCCGGCGCCGAGGACGUACCGGGAGACACAGACCUUGCCCUUCCCGAUCCCGCGUAAGCAGCAGCAGCAGCAACAGCAGCAGCAGCAGCAGCAGCAACAGCAGCAGCAGAGCAACAACAACAAUAACAACAACAAGAGCAAGCAGCAGCUCCAGCAGAGCCACGGCGCGGGGAGGGGGGAGCAGGGGGGUCGCGAUGGCGGGCGGGCGGCGGGGCCCCAGCUCGUGCGGGUCCCGGACCGGCCCGCGGCCGCCCCAGUCUCGCAGCGCCCUCCCGGACGCGAGGACCCUCGCCGGCGCGUGCUCCGCUACGUCGGCGGCCUGUCCGAGCCCGGGGCCCCCCAGCAGGGCCGCAGCGUCGAGGACCUCGACCUGCUAGCCUCCGUGGCGCGCGCCGUCCCCGACCUGGUGCCGGGGCUGCGCGGCGACCUCGACAGCUACCGCGUGUACACCGAGGCCGUCCGCCGGCUGCAGUCGCCCGGGCGCCGGCCUCGGCCCGCGCCGGCCCUCGGCCACGGCCACCCCGCGGGCAGGGGCAGCGUGAGCGACCACUACAGCAGUGACUUCCUGCUGAGCUGCGAGUCGGAGAUCGGCGAGGAGGUCUUUGACGAAGAGACGGCCUCGGCGGCCGGCCGGUCCGGGCGCAGCACCUUCUGCGAGACGGCGGGCGACUCCGGCGUCGAGUCGACCCACAGCAUGCAGUCCUACAGGGGCCACCCGCUGCCCCAGAUCCAGGUGUCCGCUCCGGAAGGCGACAGUGACGCAGGCAGCAGCCGCCACCGCAGCAGAAGCCGCAGCUCGUCCAGGGGUCGGGUUGCGAGCCAAUUCGCCUCUAGCAUGCGCGCCGACGCCGCUCGCCGGGCCCCGGCCUGGGCAUCCCUGCCGGUGCCCCCCGACCUGCUCUGGGGCGGCGGGGGCGCCGACGAGAGGUUGAUCUCCCCGCCGGCCGCCUUCAGGGACGACCGGGACCUCAGCCUGGAGAGAGACAUGCGCCUGCUCGCCCUGGACAUCAGCAAGCGCGGGGGUGUGUGGUGGGCGGCCGCGCCGCCGCCUCCGCCGCCCCCGCUGGCGCCUGCCUCAUCCACCCCGUCAACGUCCCCCGCCUCCCCCUGGGGCCCGGGCCCGCCCGCACCCGUCCGUCAACGGGGUCCUCCUGCUCCUGGCUCGCCCCGAGGCUCGCCCGCCCGGCGGCGCCUCCUGCCCGCCGUGCCGCCCGCCAGGCUCGAGGACGUCGUCUACUCCGUCUACUCCGUUGACUCCGUCUACUCAACCGGGGGUCGGCACAGCGGCCGCCGCCGCAACUCUGAGGGCGCGCUCACGCGGAGGGCCGGACCCGGCCGCAGCCCGGAGCGCGGCUCUCCGGCGCGCGGCGCCUCGCCCGGCGGCCCCGGCAACGCCCCUGGCACCGCCAGCAUGGGUCGACGCAAGUCCGCCCGAGAGCUGCCACGCAUCCCCGUGAUGGGGCAGCUAGUCCAGCCCCGCAAGCCCAAGCAGCAGGUGCAGCAAGCGCAGCAGCAGCGCGACAGGAGCUCGAGCGGGGACCGGCUGUCCUGCUCGGACAAGGGCCCCAUCUACACGGACGACGACGACGAGGAGGAGCAGGUCGAGAUCCAGCUCAAGACGGCGCGGCGGGCGGCCGGACGGUCCCAGUCGACGCACCACGCGCGCGUCUCCGCCGCCAGGCCCGCCGUCAGAAACGCCGCGGCCUACGCGUCCUCCUCAGACAGCGAGGACUACGACAACUUCCCGCGCCGCAGCGUAGCCUACGGUUCCGGCGGUCGCGGCAGCCGCGUGCCUCGCUCCCGUUCGCUGCAGCAAGUCUCUCCCAAACCACCCCACCAGCAACAGCAGCAACAACAACAGCAACAGCAACAACAGCAGCAACAGCAGCAGACGAAGGGCCACCAGAAGCACAAGACGCCGGCGCUGCAGCAGCAACACCAUCCCCAGCAGCGGCAGGCGCCGAGGACGCAGUUCGCCCAGAAGCAGGUGUACCAGGGUGGCGGCGGCGGCGGCUUCCCCCAAGAGUACCACCACCCCUUCCCGGUGGACCCGCAGGACCAGGUUCAGCACCACCCGCCUCAGCAGCAUCAGCCGCACCACCAGCCUGCUCAGCACCAGCCCCACCACCAGCCUGCUCAGCACCAGCAGCCUGCUCAGCAGCACCCGCCGCAGGCCGCGCCGGCCAAGGCAGCCAAGGGCAGCCGGGAGAAGGACCUCGACAAGGAGAAGCUGGAGUACGACCGCAUGUUCCUGCACGACCGGCAGCAGGAGGGCUUCCUGGCGCGGGUGCAGGACGAGCACCAGCGCACCGUCAUGGCCGAGUUCAUGGCGUCGCUGCCGCCGGCCGAGGUCACGUACAAGACGGUGAACAAGCAGCGGCCGCCCAAGCACCCCGCCAGCGGCGGCGGCGGCGGCAGUGGGGGUGGCCUGCCGGCCGGCCGGCCCAAGUCGCUGCCUAAGGAGUCGGCGUCGCUCCCGCGCGCCGCCCGCAAGGCCGACAAGCAGAAGGCGUCGUCGUCGGCGGUGGCGGUGGGCGGCUACGACCAGGACGCCGCGCUGCAGGACGCGCGCCAGGUGCAGGACUACCUGCGCGGCACGGGGCGGCAGCGCAGCGCGGCGCGCGCACUCCUGGAGGGCCGGCGCCCCGACCAGCCCGGCGUCCCCGGCCCCAACGAGUACCUGCCCAGGACCCGGGAGGAGGCCGUCGCCAUGGUGGCGGCGCACGCGCAGGGCGACGCUCUCGACCUGGUGACGGUGCCGGCGCGCGCGAGGGACGGCAGGACGGCGGCCAGCUUCGGCUCGGUGGGCAACGUGCAGUUUGGCGGCACCGUGUUCCACGAGGACCUGGGCGCCGCGUCGGACGGCGGGCUGGUGGGCGGGCCGGCGGCGUACCGCGGCGGCUACAGCAACUACCUCAGCGACCACUACCUCAGCGACCAGUGCGACCAGCAGCGCGCCUUCCACAGCACCUUCCAGGGCGUGCCCGCGCCGCAGGGCUACCCGUACUCCAUGCAGGCCCAGAGCAUGUACAUGGGCGGCUCGCACCAGGGCGGCCUGCAGGCCGGCGGCCCGGGGGCCGUGUGGCAGCCCCAGCAGCAGCCACACCAGCAGCAGCAGCAGCAGCAGCCGCACUAUGCCACGGCGCCCAGGUCGCAGCGACAGCAGCAACAGCACAUCCCCUACUCGCAGAGUGCUCACCUACCCCGUCGAUCCGAAGGCAAUCUGGUGGAUGCCCAAGCGACGUGGAGCCCUGACCUACCCCGCGCUCGCACUGCUCCAGUGACGCCCAUCCACGAGGCGACCGCCGCGCGGCCCCAGUCCUACUACCCGGGCUUUGCCUACGACCCCGAGUACGCCUACCACGGCAACCUCUCCAUGAGCACCGGCUACCUGGACGCCCCGGAGAACCCGAUGCGGGAGGCGAGGCGGUUCAGCAAGGACCCGACGCAGCUGUUCCACGUCCGGCGCGGGGAGGCUGUAGGUUCAUCGAGCGAGUCCAUCCUGAGCAAAGUUAGAAAGAGCUUCUCCAUGGUGGUCAAGUCUUCGCUGCACAAGGGUGCCAAAUGCAAGGAGAAGGAGUGCCCCUGCCAGAAGGACAACCAGAAGGGGUGCCAACAGCGCUACGCGCAGAAGCUGGCCACCGAGACCCCCGCGCCGAACCAGCCGGCGCCGCCCGCGCAGCACCCGCUCCAAGAGGACGACAAAAGGAAGAGCAGCUCGUCCAGCUCCCUGUGCUGUUCGGAGUGCGACUGCGAGCUGUGCAAGGAGACCAUGGCGAGCAAGUCCAGCCUCAACAAGGCGGGCUGGGUCAACGUCCUGAAGGAGAGGGAGGCCACGAGGAAGGCAGCAACCAAGCCGCUGCUGGAACCCGUGGCAGCAGCAGCAGCAGCAACACCAGCAGCAGCGCCAGCAGCACCAGCGCCGCCUCCACCACCUCCCCCUGCACCACCAGCCCCAGCGCCCCCGGCUCCCCCGCAGACGGCCACCUCGACGACGCCCGGGACACCGGAGGACGCCCAGAAGCCGGACCGUGACCAGGAGGGGUCCAGGGUUUUCCUUGGCGCGCGCAAGGCCAGGGUGAUUCGGCGCGCGAGCAGCGAGCCCCGCGUCAACGACCUGUCCGAGUACAACCUUCUCAACCGGGAGAGCACUCACCCGAGCAGCGUGACGCAGAGCGAGGACGAGGCCGACGAGAGGCCCACCAUCCAGGACUACUACGGGCCGCCGUCGGAGCCCGACCUGAGCGACGACAGCGACGACCGGGGUGCGGGCCGGCACCAGGCGCCCGACAAGCCGCUGCCCGCGCCCCCCAGGAGCAGCAGCGCGGGCGGCGGGCGCCAGGGCGGCGGUGGUGGCGGCCAGCUCGGGGGCGGCGGCGGCGGCGGCGGGGGCGGCGCGCCGGGCACCAGGCAGCGCCUCCUGCACGCCGACAUGGACACGACGCCGGCGCUGAGCGGCGAGGACCUGCGCCUCUGGGUCGACCGCAACCUGCUCAAGGGCCGCGAGAUCGUGGCCGAGGCCGUGUGGGACAACCCCGGCCUGGAGCCCGAGGGGCUGCAGUUCCGCGCCGGCGACGCCAUCCACAUCCUGCGCACCGAGGAGCACAACUGGUGGUGGGGCAUCCGCAACAUGGGCCGCGACGACCAGGAGCUCGGCCGCUUCCCGACGGCCGCCGUGCGGGAGCUGGCUGCAUCCGCCUCUGUUUUUGCUGGAUUUCCUAGAUUUGAAAACUCCCGCGACCUGAACAUGGAAAUAACGUACCGCGGUAAGAGGACGGCGUAG